CGUAGUCCUGAAGGGGGGGAACCGCCGGGCCACCGGCCGGGCCCGGCCCCCGCGCCUGCCAAUGGGCGGCAGAGGCGGGACUGGUCCCGGCUCCAUGGGGUCCCGAGGGAAGCUGUGCCCAGGGCACCCUAGCUUGUGAAGCAUCACCCGGCUAACCUGGAGUUGAAGCAGGACAGCGCCAGCCCCUCCUAGUCCUAGCAAGGGCUCUCCUGCUGACUCUGCCCUCUUGGGAAAGAUGGGAAAGGGCUACAAGGUGGUGGUGUGUGGAAUGGCCUCGGUGGGAAAGACUGCGAUUUUGGAGCAGCUUCUCUAUGGAAAGCACACUAUUGGUUUAGAAGAGGGUGCCACAAUGGAAGAUGUGUAUUUGGCAUCGGUGGAAACCGACCGAGGCGUGAAGGAACAGUUACGGCUUUAUGACACCAGGGGUCUGCAGGAGGGUGUAGAAGUGCCAAAGCACUAUUUCUCUGUUGCUGAUGGCUUCGUUCUUGUGUAUGCUGUGACCAGCUUCGAAGCUUUCCAAAGAGUGGAACUGCUUAAAAAGGAGAUUGACGUCUUUAGAGACAAAAAGGAGGUAACAGUUAUUGUCCUGGGAAACAAAACUGACCUCGUGGACCAAAGGCAAGUGGAAACAGAAGCAGCACAGCAAUGGGCAAGGGCUGAGAAAGUGAGACUGUGGGAAGUGACUGUAACAGAUCGGAAAACGCUGCUUGAGCCCUUCACCUUCUUAGCUAGCAAACUCUCCCAGUCCCAGAACAAAUCAACAUUUCCCUUGCCUGGAAGGAAGAGCAAAGGGAAUAACUGUGAUAACUAAGCUACCUAAGCUGCCAGGUCACAGUCUAAGUCCUUUCUGUGCCAUAUGCUUCUCACAGUUUCACUUAAAGCAAUAAUCUCAUUCAGCAAUAAAACCUGCAAGCUUACCGCUAAGAGAUAUCCUUCCUUCUCAUGGACUUGGCUUGGUAAAGUCACUGGUGAUAAAAGCCCUAAAAAGCAUUUCAUGAGAGGAGUUCUCUUGCAACAAGGGUUAUGAAGGAGUGUAGGACAGGUGGAAACCUUUCUAGCUGGAGCUUUGACUGUGCCUGGAUACAGCUAUGUUGAGGGACAAAUCAACAAGCUUUAUUAAGCAAUCCCCCUGCAGAGCUAUAGCAGAGCUAUAGCCUGUAGUCACAAAUAGUACUGGCUGCAAUAAAGCAUUUAGCUUUAAAGAGAGGAUGGGUUUUGAAUGGCAUCAGUCCUUUUACCUUUGACUUUAAACAGGGCCACAGGGCUUUUUGAUGCUGCAGGAGGCUGAGUUCAGAGUGUUGUUGCAGAAGGUUUUAGGGCAGGAGGAACAACUACCAGCAGAUUGAGCUGCUGAAGUUCUGCUAGUGUCUGAAAGAAAAAAACAAAGAAAACCCCCCAAAUCUUGUGGGAGAUACUAGAACAGAUCUACCCUGACAGGAAACUUGUCAUCAAAGUCUGGCAAGUAGCGCUUUCAGCUCAGGAAUUUAUUUGUACAAACCAGAGAAGCUCUCAGAGCACUUAUUAGCUUAACUGAGACCUGAAGGACGACAUAGCUGUAUGUGGUUUUGUUCCAGCAUGUCCAGUACAAAUCAGUCACAUUCACAUGAGUGAUAGUUUUGCUGAGAAACUAAACGGAGCAAUUUUGUAUGCAGGAGGUGUUGCCUGGGCUCUGCUUAGUGGAUUGCAUAAUACUCCCACCCAGCCAUUCAACCCAGCUGCAGUAACCCACCGUCGGUAUGAAGCUACAGGCUGGAUAACAAGUGGUAUUAGUUUGUGAGAGUGUAGGAUGCUGCCUUUUGGGUACAUCCCCAUGGCAAAUGCCCAGAAAUACCCAUACACAUGGCCUUGGUCCAGUAGCAGGAGCACAACUGCACGUGCUGUGUUUUGAGUCUCCGUGCUGGUAAACCUGUGCUGUAGGAAUCUGCUGUUCUAGGUCAGCCUGCCAGUAAACUAAACAUUGGAUAUAGCAGGACAGAAUGAGCAAAUAUUCACAGAUUGCCCAGCUUUCAGCCUCUAACAACCUCUUACACUAACUAAUACUAGGUUUUAUUUGUAUCUAAAUACGAGAGGGGAGAGAGGGAGUGAACUGAAGUACCCAUUUCCCUCAUUGUAACAGAAAUACUUUUAAGUUGUUGUAAGCUGGGACUUGAGUUGCAUGUUAUGGGAACUAUUGUAGCAGAAACCCCUUGUUGAUAGCCAGGUUAGGAGCAAGGGAGGAGUUCAUUGCAAUGUUAAAUCCUGUAACAUGGCCCAAAGGGACCAGGAAUGGAGAUUGUAAUGGAAAUCCAUUUUCCACUAAAUUAAUAGCUUUGAAUAAAUAUUGAGAAUUUCACUGUAA